ACCGCUUACUAAAAAUAAGCAUAUACACUAAAAAUCUCUCUAGACCUUCUUCCUCUCUCUUAUUCUCUGAAAAUGGAAAAACUAUGCAGUCCUUACAAAUUUAAAGAUAACUAUCCACAAAAAGCUAAGGGCAUGUCUUUCUUUGCCUUUAUUUUCUCCGUUUUUAUCUAUAUUUCUAUCUUUUAUAUCUUCAAACUAUCCCCUUCAAAGCUCUUCAAUAACACCCAGUUUUGGUUCUUUAUUUCCAACACUCUGAUAAUUAUCAUUUUAGUAGAUUAUGGUGCAUUUUCUUGUUACAAAGACAAACAACAUGAUUUUAAUUAUCAAGAAUACAUAAUAAGAAGGCGAACAGGUGCUCCAAUAUUCUCUAGACAAUCUUAUGACCCACAAAUUAUUAUAAGAACUUGCAUUCCUGCAGAAGAAGCUCAAGAAUCCAUUCAAGAAAAGAGGAUUAUGGCUCAUCAAAGAUUAAUCCCUGAAAAGAAAUUGACAACUUUCCCUGAAGGUCGACCUAGAACGGAAACGAGCACGAGCACGCAGACUGGCUUCGAUGGCAAUAUUAAUAAUGUUUGCGACAAGAAUACCAUUACUGCAAAAACAUUUCAACGUAGUCAAUCGGAGAUUAUUAAAAGGGUAGUGAUUGAUGAAAGCAAGAAUAUAAUUAGAAGAGUUGAAACAGAAAAGUAUGAGUCACCACAAAACGUUGAAAAUGGUGAUGAAGAAGAAGAUAAAAAUAAUGAAUAUGCAAAUAUGUCUAAUGAAGAAUUAAAUAAAAGAUUUGAAGAGUUUAUUCAGAAAUUCAAUAGUCAGAUCCGGCUUCAGAGAGAUUCUUAUUAGGCGAAUUUUGAGUAUAAAAAUUAAUUAAGAGAGGCUUCAGCUGGCUCGCUAGAAAUUUUGCUGUAAAAUCACCAGGAGAAAAAGAUAUAUUUUAAGUGAAUAGGAGGAGAUCUUCCAAGACAUUUUGCUGUGUCAUUUAGCUUAUGCUUUUGAUUGUGUCUUGUCCUCCACCAGCUUCUUUAUAGAUGGUUUUUAAAGUUUUCUUACUGUAAAUGCUUUAGACUUUGUGCAGACUUGUCUUUGUCAAUAAUAUUUUACUUUCUUUUCUUAAUCUCU